ACCGCGCCUAGAGCGGAGACGCACCGGGAGGAUGCGAGCUCCGACCGGGAGGAGGGGGCCGCGACUCGACCCGGCCCCGGGGAGGCGAACGACCCGCGCCCCGACGCGGGAAGCACCCCUGGAGAUGAGCGCUUCUCCGGAAGCGGGCGCCAGCGAUGAUUCUGGAGAACCCCAAGGGUCGCAGAUGUGGGAGGAGCCGCCGCUUCCUGGAGAGGAGGAGCCACAGGACUCUAGGUUGGAGUUGUUGGAGCCCCCACAAGGCACAGUGGUGGGUAAAGAAGAACAAGAGCUGCUGGACAAAGCCUUCUUCUCCUGGGCAGAGUUCAGCUGCUUCUUCGACCAGUGGUGCCAGCAGCGGCUGGUGGUCUUUUCUGUGAAGAGCUCCACACAUGUGGCACGCAGCCCUUGGGCCAGCACACCCCCACUCUACCGGCUCAUCCACGUGCUCAAGUACAGCUACGUGCUGCUGGUGUGCAAAGAUGCACGUUCGCCUGACCAGUCCUCAGCGUGGCCCUCCCAGCCCAGCUGCCCGGCCUUUAUCAUCGUCAAGCUGAGCCCGCUGCGGGACCGCCUGGUGGUGUCGGAAUGUCAGCUCACGCAUUCCCACCCCCCCUGCCCGCACGAGUUUGCCUGCCACUUCCGCCCCGGGCACUUGCUAGGCAACGCCUGCCUGCCUGUGCGAGUCACCAACCAGAUCUCCAAGCAGUUCGUGGCCCCAGCCGAUGUGCGCCGCCUGCUGUCCCACUGCAAGGGUCCUGACCACGGGGUCCUGGAUGCCUUGCACGUGCUCGAGGGGCUCUUCCGCACCGACCCUGAGGCCAAGGUGAAGCUGGUAUUCGUGGAGGACCAGGCGGCCGUGGAGACCGUGUUUUUCCUGACGUCGCGCACACGUGCGCUUCUGCGCCGCUUCCCACGCCUGCUGCUGGUGGACCGGCUGCCGGGGCUGCAGGGAGCGCUGGACCUGGUGUCCGUGCUGUGCGUGGACAGCGCGGGGCGCGCGCGGCAGGCGGCCUGCUGUGUGGGGAAGGGGCCGCUGGCCAGAGACUGGAAGGGGGCGCGGCUGGAGAACCAGGUGAGGGGCGCCCGCAGGGAGGGGGGGCCCGAGGUGAGGGACUGGCGGGGGCCCCGGCCGGAGCCCCGCGCAGGACCCGAGCUCAAAGCCGCCCUGGGCGAACGGGGCAGCCGGGAAGGGAGUCCGGGGAGCAGCGUCCACGUGAAGGAGGAGCCCGGUGAGCCGAGGCCCGGGGGCGUGGAGGGCCGGAAGCGGCCAGGGCUUCGGAGCGUAGAGGAGCCCGGAGGGAGGCCUGCUGGGGGGAGGCCGGGGCCAAAGAGGAGGCGAGGCCUGGAGGACAUCGUCGUGGUGCGGUUGGGAGACACGAAGGCAAGCGACAUGGCGAACGGAGACGGGGGGCCGGCGGGGUGCGGGGAUCCGGCAGGGGGCGAGCCGGCCGAGGAGGACGGCGGCGGUGUGGACGCGGACCCCGGGCCCGCUGGGCACGAGCAUCAGGUCGGCAGCGGCGGCAGUGGCGAAGCCGGCCAGGAACCAAAGAGGCCCGGCGAGUCCCCGGAAGAGGAGGCCAUGGACUGGGAGCCGUUGGCCCGGUUCCGAGCCGCCUGCGGGCCCGAGCUGGCCGACCUGGUGGCCGAGGAGCUGGCGUUCGCCCGGCAGCACGGCGCGCAGAGCUUCCACUGGACCGGCGCCGGCUUCGCCCUCAAGGACGGCAGCUCCGACUUCGUGCUGGACCGCGCGCUGACGCACUGCAGCUGCACCAUCUACGCCGCUCGCCGCCUGCCCUGCCGCCACCUCUUCGCCGCCCGCCUGCUCACCGGCGCACCCUUGUUCCAUGCCGACCUGCUCAGGGAUUGCUGGGGGAAGGCCCCGGCGCUCUGACUCCCCCACCCCCUCUCGGCCCCGCGCCGCAGAGGGAGGGUGUCCGUCCAUCCCAAAGAAAACGGCCGGACCCCAGUUCUCAGCCAGCCACCUCCUCCGGAUCCAAGGCCACAAGAGCAGACGGUGGUCGGUGACCCCCUUUCCCCCCAGAGCACAUGGUCCCCACGAUCCUCAGCCGAGGGAAGUGCGAUGGUCCGGAUGCCUCCAAGGACUUCCUGGGGCCAAAGAGAAAGGGGCGACGCGGUGCUGGAGGAAGGCAGGCAGGGAAGAGGCAGAGCCGGGAUGGGGGGCACUGGGCUGUGCAGCGCGGCGGGGUGAACAGGCUGUCUAGCCAGGAAGAGGAAGAAGGAUGAGUACUGGAGACGAAAGGGGAGGAGAGCAAUGGCGAUAGGAAUCAGGAGCUGACACUUGAGGGGAAAUGCAGAGGGGAGGAGAAUUUUGAAAAGGAGACGGACUGGGGAGGAAUGAGAGCAGUGAUUUGAGAUUUUGCCUCCUUUUUCUCCCCCCGGCUGAGGGAGAGGACACUGGCGGUUUGUUUGAAGCAGAGACUUCUGGGGAAGGGAAUUCUUUGAACUACUGUGCUUCGCGAUUGGA